ACUCCGUUGCACCGAAAGCAUGGGGAUGUAUAGGGUGAAACAGAACAACUGAAAAAGCAGAAAUAUGGAGAGCAUAAGCGAUGGGAAAUGGGAUAGUUUACCAGUGAAACUUCACGAAAGUAUACUGCUGACUCUGAAGAAGCUGGGAUUUAUUUAUAUGACUCCGGUUCAGUCAGCUUGCAUCCCUCUUUUCAUGAGCAAUAAAGAUGUUGCAGCCGAAGCGGUGACAGGCAGUGGGAAGACUCUGGCUUUUGUCAUUCCUCUGCUAGAAAUCCUCAUGAAGCGCGAGGAAAAGCUGAAGAAAAUGCAUGUUGGCGCUUUGAUCAUCACACCCACCCGAGAGCUGGCGAUCCAGAUCAGUGAAGUUGUGGGCCAGUUUCUUGAGGAAUUUCCUCAGUUCAGGCAGAUUCUAUUAAUUGGUGGAAGCAACCCCAUUGAAGAUGUAGAGAAGUUCAAGGCAAAUGGAGCGAACAUCGUGAUUGGAACCCCUGGCCGGCUGGAGGACAUGUUCAGGAGGAAAGCUGAUGGCCUUGACUUGGCCAGCUGUGUGAAGGCUUUGGACGUGCUUGUUCUAGAUGAAGCUGAUAGACUGCUGGACAUGGGCUUCGAAGCAAGCCUGAACACUAUUUUGGGCUAUUUGCCCAAGCAGAGGCGCACAGGCCUUUUCUCAGCAACACAAACUCAGGAGCUGGAGAAGCUGGUUAGAGCCGGCCUCCGAAACCCGGUCCGUAUCACAGUGAAGGAGAAAGGAGUGGCAGCUACUAGUGUGCAGAAGACACCAGCGAGGCUUAGUAACUACUACACAAUCUGCAGAGCAGAAGCCAAGUUUAACUCGCUGGUGGCUUUCCUGAGACAACACAAACACGAGAAGCAGCUCGUCUUCUUCAGUACGUGUGCCUGUGUGGAGUAUUUCGGCAGAGCGCUGGAGGUCUUUAUCAAAAAUGUCCCCAUUCUUUGUAUCCAUGGCAAGAUGAAGGACAAGCGGAACAAGAUCUUCUCUGAAUUUCGGGAAUUGAAAAGUGGAAUACUCGUGUGCACCGACGUGAUGGCAAGAGGCAUCGACAUCCCUGAUGUGAACUGGGUGCUGCAGUAUGAUCCUCCAAGUAGUGCAAGUUCUUUUGUGCACCGAUGUGGCCGAACUGCUCGUAUCGGGAACCGAGGCAACGCUCUUGUCUUCCUCCUGCCAAUGGAGGAAUCCUACGUCAAUUUCCUGUCUAUCAAUCAGAAAUGUCCUCUCCAGCAGUAUCCUCCUGUGAAGGUCAUAGUGGACGUGUUACCCAAACUGAAGGCUUUGGCUUUAGGGGACCGGGCUGUGUUUGAGAGAGGAAUGAAAGCGUUUGUCUCAUUUGUCCAGGCUUACGCAAAGCACGAGUGCAGCCUGAUAUUCCGACUCAAAGAUCUGGAUUUUGCCGCUUUAGCUCGAGGCUUCGCUCUUCUCCGUAUGCCCAAGAUGCCCGAGUUGAAAGGCAAGACGUUCCCCGACUUUGAAGAGAUCACAGACACAGACUCGAUCCGCUUCAAGGACAAGAACCGAGAGAAACAGAGACAGAAAUCGUUACAGGAGAAAAGGGAAAAGCAGGCACCAGUCCAAAAGAAGAACUUCAUUAAAAACAAAGCCUGGUCCAAGCAGAAAUCCAAGAAGGAUAAGAAGAAGAGGGUGGCUGCCAAGAGGAAGAUGAAUGAGGGAUCAGACGUGGAUGACGAGGACAUUGACGAGCUGUUGAGCGACACGCGUCUACUGAAGAAGCUCAAGAAGGGAAAAAUUAGCGAGGAAGACUUUGAGAAGCAGUUGAGCUCAGGAAGAAAUUCAAAGCAGAAAAGAGCAGGUCCCUCUAAUGAGGACGGUGCAGAUGGAGAUAGUGAAUGAACACACAAACCUGGACUGUGCUUAACAUUUCUGUUCUGUUGUGAUAUUCAGUGUGCUGUAUCAGCACAGGCAAAACUUCAAACAAUGAUAUCAAUUUCUAGAUCUAUUAAAGCCUGUAGGACUUCUGUGGUAAGAGAUGUAUUGCAGGAAUCGGAUUUUGUAAACAAUAUAUUUUAAGGAUUUGUCGUUUGAUUCUUGUUAUUUCAUACAGUCUCAGCAGAGGCUUUACAGUAAUGUGAAUUUAAAGAUGCCUUGUUGAAAGGGGAUGUAAGAACACAUCUUAUUGGGCAGAGAUACACAGACAUACAAAAUAGUUUGGGCAAAAUAAAUAUCCUAGAAAUAUUACUGUAUUAGUGUCAAUUUUUAUCAUUCCUAAUAAUAGAUUUGGUUAGAUGCAACAGUGAUUUAAAUAAUCAAUAAACUAAACAUGAAUGGCAUAACAGUACCAGCUGUCUAACAGAUGUCCCAGUUUGAGCGGCAGGGGUUUAAUUCACUGACCACGAAACAACCCGAUCAUUUUAUAAUUAAAACACUCGAGUCAUACAAGUCUCAACAGACAAUGGGUCAUCCUGCUAUUGAAUAUUUGUGGUAAUAUAGCAACAUAUACAGCUGCUUGCCAAAUAUUUUGUACCUUUCGGACAAAAUUAAGACAAAUAAUUAUUUUUUAACCACCUUAUAAGACCUGUAGUGUGUCUAGUUUCUUAUACAUAUGUCAUAUACACUGUUGUCAGAGCAACCUAAAAGCCAAGAGGUGUAUUACUUUUUCUCUUUGUGUUCAUGUUAAUCUGGUACAAAACACAUACAGAUUUCAUUUUUAGCUUCUGGGAAUAAUAACUGUUAACAUAACUGUAAAUGUUACUAUUUACUGUUACUGCUACUGUUACAUUAUUUAGUUAUAUUUACAUUAUUUACUGUCCAGUGUCACCCACAAUGAGGAUGGGUUCCCUUCUGAGCCUGGUUCCUCUCAAGGUUUCUUACUCGUAUCAUAACGGAGUUUUUCC